AUGAAUGUAACACCCGAAACAUAUUCCAGUCUUUCUCAAGUAGAAAAAUGAGAAUACAAAGAGCAGUCUCAUCCUCUCAACUCUACUUUAAAAGGUGAUCAAGGAUUUAUGGGCCCUGAAACAAAGCGAAAAUGCACCGACUUAGCGUGGCUCGUAUUUUUCAUAAUCGCAAAUUCUGGCUUUUUAGGAGCAAUUAUAUAUAUUUUCAUAGAAGGCGAUGUCAGAACUUUAGUUUACGGCUGAGAUUUCCGUGCUGAGUCUUGUGGGCUGGACGGUCUUUCCAGCCGAGAAUACAUGUAUUACCCAGUUCCGUCAGACACUACAAUUUCUCUAUGUCUAAAGAGCUGUCCUACAACAGUUGAAAAAUCAUCAAUUUGUUAUUAUGACACAGACCAUAAGACAGAAUUAACAGAAUGGGGAUGCUGGGACAGCAUCCCAUGCACUGUAUUUGGAUACGACUGUGUCCCAGCAGACUCAUCAGACAGAAAAAAUGUUUUAGAUGAAAUUUAUGCGACAAUUCAAAUUCUAAGAAGAGGAGCUGGAGAUUUAUUAUUAGUUUGGUAUGCAAUUGUCGCUGGGGUUAUUUGUGCAUGUGUACAUGGGGUUGUUUUUUUCUUUGCGUUUCGAAAUGAGAGUAAUUUUUUAUUUAGAAUUUAUGAUGAGGUUUUUAGUUGCAGCAAUCGUGGAAAUUGGAAUUUUUCUUUUAAUUAUUGUCCUGUUGUUUUUUGCGGAUUAUAUACAUUAAUUAUAAGAUUUUUGCAGAAUGCUAUAUUUAGGGAAAAAUUAUAGGCAUGUUAAAUAUAUAUGGAAUAAAAUUACUUAUGACAUGCUUUGUUCAACACAAGAUGGAGUAGACCCAAAAUACUGUAAACAUGGCCCAAGUUUAGGACUGUUUAUUUUAGCAUUUUUGACUAUUGGGAUAAUUUUAUUUUUCUUAUGCCAAAUUUAUAUUUUCAAGCCAAAAAUGAAGCUGAGUAUAGAAAUGGUUAAGCAUACUUGCAAACCUAUUCAUAGAAUUGAUAAGUUAUAUUGAUACAUAGCAAGCCAAGUUUUUAUUGGGCUGUUUGUGCUAUCCAUUUUUAUAUUGAUUAUCGCUUGAACGCUUAGUAUGGGGAGCACAGAAACUCUACUUAAUAACAAAGUCCCUGGCGGUGAAAUAAAAAAUAUAAAAUACGACACAAGUAAUAAAUGAAUUUUAUUAUUUGUCAUUUUUAUGGUUUUUUGGUGAUUAGAAUUUUUAGUAGCUAUCUCAGAGUUUGUUAUAGGAGGAGCUAUUGGAUUCUGAUAUUUCUAUUUAAUUUAGUUCAAAAUUAGCCUAGCUACUAUUAUUUUUGUCAAAGUAUAGGCUUUAAUUUACUAUAAGUAGAUAUAUUUUAAUAGAGAAAAAUCUGUGAUGUGGAGUCCGCUAGGGAGAUCAUAUAAAAAUGUAAUGAGAUAUCAUAUUGGAUCUGUUAUUAGAGGAGCAUUAUUUAAUAUGCUAUUUACUUUUCCUAUCAUAUUUUUUAAAUUUUUGAGGUCAAAAACUUACCCAAAUAAAACCUCUAAAUGCUCAAAAUUCUGAAUAGGUGUCUGCUGCCCUUGUUUAGCUUUAUAUGAAGGUUUUUUAAAAUAUUAUACAAAAUAUUCAUAUAUUUAUCUUGCAAUUUUCGGAUAUACAUAAAAUGGCGGACGGCGACCGACCCACCCUCUCAGUGGUGGUUACCCAUGUAUAUCCGGGCAUGGUUUUUGAAGCCAGGAGUUAGCCCAACAACGUCUAGGACCUCGAAGCGAGAGGCCUAAGCGCAAAAGCCGCUGUUGUUUUUGUGACCAGACCCAUGGGCAGUUACUCGUGACUUCUUUUUGCCAGCAGCGCUCAGCCCAGUGAGUGCCCGAAAUGAGGCAGGGCGACUUACCUGCCUAAGUUGCUUUUGUGGCUCGCCCCGAAUGGCGAAAGCUGUUGAAUUCUUUCUCGGGAUGACCGGAAAAGAGGGGAAGGCGAGUUAGACAACUAAACGGGGGUCUCUCCAGUUUAAAAGGUGCCCUUCAAUGGGCAGAUCUGGCGGACGACGCGGCAGUGUUGGCGUAAACUUAGGCGACGAUCCAAGUUGGAAAUGGAGGCGGUCAGCAAAGCCGGUAUGAGACGGCCCUUGACAAUGCCUCUACCGAGAAACCGGGGGUUUCGGCCCGGCUUGAUGAACGCUCUGCCGCCAUACGGGAAACCGUAGAAUGCUUCCUCGGACGUAGUGGGGACCUUAAAUACCUAGCGUUAAUCUAAUCUAAUCUAAUCUUGCAAUUUUUGCAAAACCAUAUGUGAUUUCUGCAAAAGAGUCAUAUUUCCUACUAAUCAGAAAUGGAAAACGUAUAGAAGAGCCACUUAGUGCAGGCAGUUUUUCGAUAUUUUUAUUAAAAAUUAUGUUAGCGCUUUCAGGGUUUACAAUUACUUAUAUUUUAAUGGUGGUUUUUAGUGAAUGAAAUGUAGAUUUUGAUGAAAAUACUAUCACUUCUAGGCUAGGACCAUCAAUCUAUGCAUUAGCUCUUGCAGUUUAUAUUGCACAAAUAAUAGGCGGAUGCAUGGAGGUUUCUGCAAAUGCAAUGAUUAUAUGUGGGGCAUGUGAUGAAGAAAUGUUUACAAGAGAACAAAGAUAUAACAGACUAAGCUAAAUUUAAUUUUAAAUUAUUAGAAAAAUAAUAUAAAAAUAGGGGCAAAAAUUCUAAUUUUUCUGAUAUUGGUUUUACCUAGAACAGAAUAUAUUGAAAAAGAAUUCCAAGGAACUCUUGAUAAAGUAAUGGAAGAGCAAACAGAGCAGAAUAAACAAGACAAAGGAGAAAACAUGAUUAUUUAUAAGCCAGGAAGAUCAAAUAGAGUCCAAGCCAACCUUGUAAAAUUUAACGAAAAACAAGAAGUGAUAGGCCCUAAAGGCUACGUUGGUGUGCCAAAUAAUGAUACAGAAAGAAACUCAGCAAAAACAGUCUCAAGAGGUGACUCUGAAAGUGAAAGAAUUAUAGCCGUGAGACCAAUAGGUAACAGAGUUGCGCCUUUAAAUGAAGAAGGGUUAAACUUUUUAAGUGACGGAAAAACUGAAAUAGACGACGUCGUCUUAUACCCUCCAAGUUUAAUUCCAAAAGCAUACAAGCCCAAUGUGUAUUAUGGCAGAUAA